AUGUCUUCCCUGGAAAACUACUUGGGUCCUUUAUACAUUUUCAAAAUAGAGUUUCCCCAGAAAGUAGAAGGCAAUGAACCAACUACAGCUUUCAAUCUCUUUGUUGGAAAUCUGAACUUUAACAAAUCUGCCCCUGAGUUAAAGACUGAUAUCAAUGAUCUUUUUGCUAAAAAUGACCUUGCUGUUGUAGAUGUCAGAAUUGUAUCUAUGAAGUUUGGUUAUGUGGAUUUUGAAUCUGCUGAAGACUUGGAAAAAGCCUUGGAACUUACUGGUUUAAAAAUGUUUGGUAAUGAAAUUAAACUAGAAAAACCAAAGGGAAAAGACAGUAAGAAAGAUCGAGAUGCAAGAACACUUCUGGCUAAAAAUCUGCCUUACAAAGUUACUCAGGAUGUUAAAGAAAUUUUUGAAGAUGCUAUGGAGAUCAGAUUAGUCAGCAAAGAUGGGAAGAGUAAAGGGAUUGCUUACAAUGAAUUUAAAACAGAAGCUGACGCAGAGAAAACAUUAGAAGAAAAACAGGGAACAGAGAUAGAUGGACGGUCCAUUUCCCUCUACUAUACUGAAGAAAAGGGUCAAAAUCAGGACUACAGAAGUGGAAAGAAUAGCACCUGGAGUGGUGAGUCCAAAACCCUGGUUUUAAGCAACCUUUCCUGCAGUGCAACAGAAGAAACUCUUCAAGAAGUAUUUGAGAAGGAAACUUUUAUCAAAGUGCCCCAAAACCAAAAUGGCAAAUCUAUAGGGUAUGCAUUUAUAGAAUUUGCCUCAUUUGAAGAUGCUAAGGAAGCUUUAAAUUCAUGUAAUAAAAGAGAAAUUGAGGGCAGAGCAAUCAGGCUGGAGUUGCAAGGACCCAGGGGAUCACCCAAUGCAAGAAGCCAGCCAUCCAAAACAUUGUUUGUCAAAGGUUUAUCUGAGGAAACCACAGAGGAAACGUUGAAAGAGUCGUUUGAUGGCUCCAUUAGAGCAAGGAUAGUCACUGAUCGGGAGACUGGCUCCUGUAAAGGGUUUGGCUUUGUAGAUUUCAACAGUGAGGAAGAUGCCAAAGCUGCCAAGGAGGCCAUGGAAGAUGGAGAGAUUGAUGGAAACAAACUUACUUUGGACUGGGCCAAGCCUAAGGGUGAAGGUGGUUUUGGUGGUCGUGGUGGAGGUCGAGGUGGCUUUGGCAGCCGAGGAGGUCGAGGAGGUUUUGGAGGCCGAGGAGGCUUCCGAGGAGGCAGAGGGGGCGGAGAUCACAAGCCACAAGGAAAGAAGACAAAAUUUGAAUAGAUUAUUCUAUCUCUCAUUUUUUCCUUCAUUAUGAAAGGACUCUGAGGUUUUUACGCUGUUACCUGAUCAAUGACAGAGCUUUCCAAGGACAUUCCAAGACAGUAUACAGUCCUGUGGUCUACUUGGAAAUCAGCAUAGAUAACAUUUCAAGGGAAAAUACUGUUGGUUUUGACUGGAUAUUCGUAUAAACUUUUUAAAGAGAUGAGUGAUAGAGCUAACCCUUAUCUGUAAGUUUUGAAUUUAUAUUGUUUCUUCCCAUGUACAAAACCAUUUUUUCCUACAAAAAA